UAGUGAGGGAGGGCGACAGAUGGCGUCACCGUCGCCUCACCAUUACACCGUGUCAACAAACAGUGAGGAGGAGCCAGAGGCUUGUGGUGGUCUGCUGCCUCACUACGCCUCCUGUAUCCUUCACCCUCACACCUCGGGGCGCCCUUCUACAGAUCAGCCAAGUGGAAAUGUGGUAUUUGUUAUAAGAGCAAGUGAUGCUGGGGGGAAGAGCAAGUUGUGGCGGGCCAGUGUCUUGGUGGUGUAGUGAAGUGUGGAGGUGCUCGCCCAAAGUGGCUCCUGACGUUAUAUCUGCCUCCACACUAACCGUACAGAUGUCCGAUUGUGACCAGUGUAGUUCCAAGUUUUCGCUUCUAAAGAGGCGGAGAGUCUGCGGUGGCUGUGGACUUCAGUUCUGUGGAUCAUGUAUCAAACGUGGAAUGGGUGGAACACGAAGGUGCAACAAAUGUCUGGUGCUAACCCAGUGGCCUCUGGAUAUAUCAGAAGUAACUGCACUCCGGGUUAAGGACUUGAUAUAUUUCUUGCACUCGCAGCAUAUCAAUACUGCGGCAUGUACAGAGAAGCGUGACCUGAUUGAGUUAGUGACCCGUCACAUAAGCAUUCAGCAUAGAGGCGUAGAUGUUACUAGCAGGCAAGGUCCACCUGGGAAUGUUGGCAAUGGUACAGCAAAUGCAUCAGAGCAAACAAAUCGCAAACAUCCUCUUAAUCCCACUGAUGUCCCUGGUGAUGAUGGUAUACGUGUGAGGCCUAGUAGCAUAUCGCCUACCAAUACCAAUAAUAUGGAUAGCAUACGGGUAAGAGCAAUGGACAGCAUACGAGUUAGACCAGGUCCCUCCCUGUCUCCAGAUACAGAUACUAGUGAUUAUGAUCCAGAAGCUGACUUGGGUAUCAGAGUCUUUGCAACAGAGAAACGGGCAAACCAGCCACACGCAGCCUUUAGAACCUCUCCAAUGAGUCCAGAGGGAUGUUCAGAAAGUGUAGAAGAACGCUGUUCACACUGCCCAAGUGAAGACUGUACAACUUCAUGCUGUAGUCUAGAUUCUUGUCAUAAUGGAGCAUCUAGUAGACCUUCAACAUGCCCCGUUAAUGCAUCAAGUCAGGAUAGCUUUGAGUUUAUUAAUGCCUCCUGUGAUGGUCAGCUCCCAGACACUCUCACUGUUGAAAGAACUGUUGAGCAUGUAGUUCCUGGUGCUCAAUUUGAACCCUUUCAGUUUCAUGAAACAGAAGAAUCAUUUGAGAGGAUUGAUCUGUUGAAUGGCACUACACAAGAGAGUCCCUUGGAAGCGGCAACCAAUUCCUUGCCAGAUACGCACCCGUCGGCUCCACUACUUGACGAUCUUCCACCUGCCAGUGCUACAUCUUCGGCCUCAUCCUCGGCACCGCCUUCGUCUGCAUCUUCACCAGAACCAAACAAAUCUUUUGUGGCCAGCAUUAUACCUCUUGCGGAUAUCAAGUCGGAAGAAGACAUUCGUCGAUUAAACGUUCGGCAGUGCAAAGAAAUUUUGUCACUGCAUCGAGUCAAUUAUUCAGGAGUGAGAGAAAAGUCUGAGCUUUUCAAAAAAAUUGAAAUACUCUGGAGAGAUUAUCAAAACUCUCAGCAAGAUGUAGAGACCCUACCUGAAGAGCUGGUAUGCAAAAUAUGCAUGGAUAGUAUUAUUGACUGCGUUCUGCUGGAAUGUGGGCAUAUGGUAGCCUGUACACAAUGUGGCAAACAGAUGUCGGAGUGCCCAGUUUGUCGCCAGUAUGUUGUUCGUGUUGUACGUACCUUCAGGGCAUAAAUUAGUGGACCUGUCAUUGAACCUUAAGCAUUUGUAUUUUUAAAUUUUGUAUACUUUGGUAUUCCACAGUUACACAUUGUUUUAGUCUCCCGGGGAAUUUGUCAGUUGUGCAUAUUGGAUCUUUCACCUUUUGACGUAUUUGCUGGUCAAUGAAACAAGAUAAAUAAAUAAGCUUGGAGGAAAGAUAAUACAAAGCACACAAAUGCACCAUGCAUGUACUAUAUUAAUCAUGUCUGAAAAAGAUGAUUACUUUUAUAUUUUUAAUAAAUAUUUUGUAUUAUGUUGCUGUGCAACUCUUGUGAGGAGUUAGUGAAUAAAUCUGAGGGUACCAAAUUGAUUGAUAGAUUAAUGAGCUACAAUGAAAACAUUUUUUUUAAGUAUACAUAGUGACAUAAUUCUAAUUUAUAAGGUUGGUGAUAAUCAUAGAUGCCUUUUUUUUAAUGGUGAAUUGUUACCAUGUGUGAAGAAAGUGAUGCACGUUACCUGUGUGCAUUUCUAAAACUGGCUGUAUGUGCAGUACAGUACAUGAUUGUGUUCAUUAAGGUAAAUACCUGCAAUUUAUCAUUCUUGUUAAAGCAUGAAAUUCUUGAGAUAUGCUAUCAGUUGUAGACAUGACCACACACUGAACUCCAGUGAUUGUUGAGGUGUUGACUUUGUACGAUGAUGCUUGUGCCCACAUCCACAACAUUACACUAAUAUACACUAUACACUUCUAUAAUUUAUCAAUAGAUUUGAAUGGGGUUACAGCUAUUUCACAAACACUUUGAAGGUGUGGCAAAAUGAAACAACAUUCACUCUGUAUAGCAUCUUCAGCUGUGUUUUAACGUUAGUGGAACACUGUUGAUCUUUGUCAGUCGCCAUAUUACACAAGACUUGUCAAGUAAACUAAAUUUUGAUCAUCUUUGUGAUGUGAUAUUUAAUUUGGAGAUAUUACUACAGUUAAUUUAAAUAUGCAAUAGAAUGUCAAGGAUUGUCUUAAUGUUUUUAAAACCACUAAAGGUAUAAUAAUUUCACCAUACAGUAUGUCUAAAAUUCUUCAAAUAAGAAAGUACACCAUGGAUACAAACCUACACUUGUGUAUUUGUAAAAUUUAUGUAAAGAAAUUAAGUCCUUCACACUCUUCUGAGUGCUUUGUUAAGGUCCAAGUGUGUGAUUAAGAUGCAAUUCUUCUUAACCACACACUUGGACCUUAACAAAGCACUCAGGAGAGUGUGAAAGACUGUGUAAUUUCUUUACAUAAAUUUCACAUACACAAAUGUAGGUUUUUAUCAUGUUAUUAUGUCUGAGAAGACAUUACCAUUAUUUAAAGUACACUACAGUAUUGUGUAUUGUACUUUGGUAUAAAUUACAAAUAUGGCUAGAAAUUAUUCAUUUGUGUGUUCCGAACAAACCAUCGCACUCCUGAUUUGUGAAGACUAUUUCCUGCAACAGUACUCUCUAGGAAGUUUCCUGCCUUAGUACUUCAGUACAAUAAGUAAAUAUAAAUGUAUAUAUAUACCAAAAUAAGCAAACAAAGGGGUGUAUGGUUAGUUUUGUAAAAUUAUAUAAUUUUUGUAUUGAUUGUAUUACAUAGUUUACAGAAACCACACACACACACCAAUCACUGUUCAAAGACCUCAUCCAGGUCUUCAGAGGUGGGGCCCAGGAUACAGCAAGCAUUUCCUUAUUUAAAUUAAAUUUGUGAAAUAUUUCUAGACAUUCAAAGCGAGAAAAAGAUUGCAAGAAUUAAUCAUAAUUAAUUUUACAAUGGCUGUAUGAAUAUAACUUUUGUAUUAUUGUUUUGUUCUGAAAAUUAUAUCCACUAAUCUGACUUCUCUAUUCAGGCUAUAUAUAUAUAUAACAUGUACUUUGUCCUGUAUUUGAAAAGUGAGAGACCUAGUUUGAACCCUAGACUGGGGUGUGAAUGAUGUGAUUUAUACAAGAGUAUAUAUAAUUAUAUAUAUGUAUCACAAAUCUAAUUAUUUUGUUUAAUUGUUUACUCAUUAUCUAUAAAUACUCUCCACUCAGCAUGACUUUUAUGGAAAGAUGUGUUAACUUUUUUUUUAUUUAACGUUCUUGUGCAUCAUGACUAUGGGUACAGUAUUUUAAAGUUUACAAGACAUUACCUGAUAAAUCAUUUCCCACAUGUAUAUAUACACAAUAAAAAAUACAUAUGUU